UUCCCAGAAUAGAAAUCGCGCCACCUGGUCACUAAAUUCAUCUUUCUUCCCCGUUUUACUUCUCUUAGAACUCAGAAUUCACGACUCCAGCUUGAUUACACAAAACUGUUUCUCUCUACUUUAUUCAUUAUUUCUUGAUCUUCAUCUUUAGAAAGUAGAAGCUCCCGGAAGAAAUGCUCGGAGAUGGAGGAGAAACUCCUUGCAGAUAUGAAUUAUUGAACAUGGUUAAGAAGCACUCCAACUUAAUAGGACAAACUGUGGUAGACGAGCAAGAUGUUUCCGAUGUAGAAAGGGAUCCUCGUUUUUGGCACGAUGUUAUGGAUUUGUAUUUUAUUCGUGGUAAGGAAUCAAGGGGGCGACAAGACGACGAUCUCGUAUUUUUUGUUAGAAAAGUGAAAUCUCAAGGAUAUGGCAGUGAUGAUGAUAAUGGGGGCACCUCGCCAUAUUUUGUUCGCAGGUGGGCAUCUAAGUUGGACAAUUUGGUUGGAGACGCUUCAGUAGAUGUGGAUUGGAGGCGCUCCUUUUAUUUGAACUUGAUUGCUCACACUUCAUUUACUGUGACUGUGGCAAUUUGCAGUCAUCUGGUUCUUCGAAAUCAUCAAGCAGGACAUACGACAUCAUUGUCUCCUAUAUAUAAGGUUGUUAAGACUGUUUACGCCUCUCCUAGCCGUGUCAAUUUUCAUUUGGAUUCUAAAAAGGAAGUUGAGACAACGCCUGCAUAUCCAGAUAUCUGUUUUGCAGUUGAUGACUUUGACUCCACUUUUGAUGCAGUGGUCUUGACAGAGACUGACCAUUGCUAUUGUGUACUUCUCAAUGCACAUGAUGGUGCAGCUUUUCCCGCAAAGGACAAUGCAGAAAAUUGCAAUUCUAGUAAUUUUGUGGCCUCUAGUCUGGAUUCUGAUUCUCAAAAUACAAAGAAUUCCAAGAUUACUCUUUUUUCUGGAUUUGUCAGCUACCAAAUGGUUCGAGAUGCAUACGAUGCUGGCAAGUCUAGAUUUGGCAGCCUGCUCUCUCUUGGUCAUGCUUCUGGCAAAACAGACAAAAUUUACAUGAAGGGUCCUGGAGGACGUGGGGAAGUUGAAGUUGCUGUUUCUGGUGUUGCAGAUCAAAGCCUGCAGGACUCUGGGCCCUUUUCACCUGUGGUUUCAAAGACAGGAUUUGGGAUUGGCACCAUUGUUAGAAGAGCAGCAUCUGUAGCAACUGUUGCUGCAAGACAAGCUUAUGCAGCUGCUAGUAGCAGUAGUUCUGAUGACGAGAUGAUACCUCUCAAGUGUUGCCUGAUGUCUAUUUCAUUGCCCUGGGAGUACAUCGCACACGAUCUUUUGUUCAAGGGAAGUCCGCCGGUGAACUUAUGAUUUCCAUCACUGAGACACAAACAGAAGUGGAACUCAUCCUUGAAGUGUGAGGAAGAUCAAUAUGCUUAGUUAACAAGUUUUUUAGAGAUUGUAACCAGCACGGAGGAGACUUGGGUUGUCGUAUCCUUGAAGGUCCUAACUUUAUUGUUCUUGACUUGAGCCUCUAAGACGAGCAAUCUUAGCUCAAAAAAUCUUUUCAUAGAUUCCAAGUAUGAACAGCACUUUAUUUAGUAUAUUACCCACUUUUCUGUCGCAUCUA